AAAAAAAAAAAAAAAAAAAUUAAAUAAACCAUCACAUCCACCCUUUAAAUCACACAAUCUAUUGGUAUUAUCAAAUACAGCUAUCUAUCUCAACACCGCUGAUACCUAUAGCAUUGUCACUUCCGAAAAACUCUUUUGAAUCUCUGGUACAUCUUCCAUCAAGGAGUUCAAAACUCACCACCAAAAAUUGCUGCCUUGACCUAAGCACACGUCCGAAUUUGAAGUUAUCCUUAACCAACUACAGCAAUGGGUGCCCCUCACAUUUGGUUGCGUGCUGAGAGCAAGCCUCUCGAGGAGAGAAGCGCAUUGACUCCUACUACUGCUAAGAAACUCGCUGAUGCUGGUUUCAAAAUCACUAUCGAACGUUCUUCUCAACGUGCUUUCAAGGACAGUGAGUACGAAAAACUCGGUUUCACAAUGGCUCCCGAGGGUUCUUGGCGUAAUGCCCCCAAGGACGCUUACAUCUUGGGUUUGAAGGAGCUUCCCGAGAACGAUGACUCUCCCCUUCACCACACUCACAUCCAAUUCGCCCAUUGCUACAAGAACCAAGAGGGUUGGCGCGAUGUCCUUUCCCGUUUCCCUGCUGGCAACGGUACUCUGUACGACUUGGAGUUCCUCCAAGACGACAAUGGCCGCCGUGUUGCUGCUUUCGGCUACCAUGCUGGUUUUGCCGGUUCGGCUUUGUCUUGCCUCGUUUGGGCUCACCAAAUCUUGCGUCCCGGAAAGCCCUUCCCCGCAGUUCGUCCAUUCCCUAACGAGCGUGCUCUUGUUCGUCACGUCGCUCGCCAGGUACGUCAAGCUGCUAAGAAGCAGGGCGACUUCCCUCAAAUUCUUAUCAUUGGUGCUCUUGGUCGCUGCGGUACUGGUGCUGCUGACUUGGCUACCAAGGCCGGUAUUCCCGAGAACAAGAUCUUGCGUUGGGACAUCAACGAGACCAAGAAGGGUGGCCCCUUCAAGGAGAUCACUGAGUCUGAUAUCUUCGUUAACUGCAUCUACUUGAGUGUUCCCAUUCCCAAGUUCUGCACUUUGGAGUCUCUUAACGUUCCCGGUCGCAAGCUUCGUGUUGUUUGCGAUGUUAGUUGCGACACCACGAACCCUAACAACCCUGUGCCCAUCUACAACGUUAACACUACCUUCGACCACCCUACCGUUCCUGUUAAGGGUAUCACUGGUAACUUGCCUUUGGAUGUCAUCUCUAUUGACCAUUUGCCUACUCUUUUGCCCCGUGAAUCUUCCGAAGCUUUCAGCGAGGCUCUCUUGCCUAGUCUCUUCCAGCUUCAAAAUGUUAACCGUGCUCCUGUCUGGGUUAGAGCUAAGAAGUUGUUUGACACCAUGGUUGCCAAGCUCUAAGCUGGGCCUUUGGGCUUGUUAAAAUCUUUUGUUCUCCUUCACUCUUUUUUUUUGGAAAGGAAUAGCAUCAGUUUUUGAAUAAAACCAUUCAUUCAUUUUA